GUGAUUCUAGAGCGGCUGGGCGUCCAGGGUCUCGGUGGGGGUGGCGUGUCUGCCCUUUUUAUCUCUCCGCAAGACCCCCAGUCUUGUAGGGAAGCCAGUCAGUGAAGCGCAGAGGUCUCGGCGCGCCGAGAGGGAAUCCAGUCUUUGAGGACCGAGUAGUCCCGGGCCACCUCCCGCCUCUGCUGUCAGAAGCAGCAGCUGCAGCCGUGGAAUCCAAGAUUUCGGGAGCUGUGUCCCUUUCCUCAUGUAAAACAAGUAGACUUGGACUGUGUUCACUAAGGCGCCCUUUAUCCCUCCCAUCCUGUGAGCGGACAGUUGCAUUCAACUUUCGGGAAGAGCUGCCGGUUCGGUGGAAAAGCUGUGGCUGGGAAUCAGGAGGCCUGUGUUCUAGCCGUGGCUCCCCCACGAACUCGCUGGCGACUCCAGAAAGCUCUUAUUGAGGCUGAAUUUAAGAUUAUUUCAGAUUACACUAUUGAAUUAGGGGCUCCAUUAGGGCCUUUUUCGCUCACUUCAAGGUUACUGACUUUUUAUGAUGUUUGGUGGCUAUGAGACUAUAGAAGCAUACGAAGAUGAUCUUUAUCGAGAUGAGUCAUCUAGUGAACUGAGUGUUGAUAGUGAAGUGGAAUUUCAACUCUAUAGCCAAAUUCAUUAUGCCCAAGAUCUUGAUGAUGUCAUCAGGGAGGAAGAACAUGAAAAAAAGAACUCUGGGAAUUCGGAAUCUUCGAGUAGUAAACCAAAUCAGAAGAAACUAAUCGUCCUUUCAGAUAAUGAGGUCAUCCAACUGUCAGAUGGGUCAGAGGUCAUCACUUUGUCUGAUGAAGACAGUAUUUAUAGAUGUAAAGGAAGGAAUGUUAGAGGUCAAGCACAAGAAAAUGCCUUUGGUCCUUCUGCUUCCCUUCAGUCUAAUGAGCUGGUUGAUAAGAAAUGCAAGAGUGAUCUUGAGAAGCCUAAACAUGAAGAGAGAUCAGAUGUAAUCCGAGAGGUCAUGAUUAUAGAGGUCAGUUCAAGUGAAGAGGAAGAGAGCACCAUUUCAGAAGGCGAUAAUGUGGAAAGCUGGAUGCUACUGGGAUGUGAAGUAGAUGAUAAAGAUGAUGAUAUCCUCCUCAACCUUGUGGGAUGUGAAAACUCUGUUACUGAAGGAGAAGAUGGUAUAAACUGGUUCAUCAGUGACAAAGACAUUGAGGCCCAGAUAGCUAAUAACCGAACACCUGGAAGAUGGACCCAGCGAUACUAUUCAGCCAACAAAAACAUUAUCUGUAGAAAUUGUGACAAACGUGGCCAUUUAUCAAAGAACUGCCCCUUACCACGAAAAGUUCGUCGCUGCUUCCUAUGCUCCAGGAGCGGACACCUCCUAUAUUCCUGUCCAGCCCCGCUUUGUGAAUACUGUCCUGUGCCUAAGAUGUUGGACCACUCAUGUCUUUUCAGACAUUCCUGGGAUAAACAAUGUGACCGAUGUCAUAUGCUCGGCCACUAUACAGAUGCUUGCACAGAAAUCUGGAGGCAGUAUCACCUAACAACCAAACCUGGACCACCCAAAAAGCCGAAGACCCCUUCAAGACCAUCAGCCUUAGCAUAUUGCUAUCACUGCGCGCAAAAAGGCCAUUAUGGACACGAAUGUCCAGAAAGAGAAGUGUAUGACCCAUCUCCAGUAUCGCCAUUCAUCUGCUACUAUGAUGACAAAUAUGAAAUUCAGGAGAGAGAGAAGAGACUAAAACAAAAAAUAAAAGUACUCAAGAAAAAUGGGGUUAUCCCAGAGCCAUCCAAGCUGCCUUAUCUAAAAGCAGCAAAUGAGAACCCCCACCAUGAUAUAAGAAAGGGCCGUGCCUCGUGGAAAAGCAACAGGUGGCCUCAAGAAAAUAAAGAAACACAAAAAGAGAUGAAGAACAAGAAUAGAAACUGGGAGAAGCACAGGAGGGCUGACAGACAUCGUGAAGUGGAUGAGGAUUUUCCCAGGGGUCCCAAACCCUACUCUCCUACUGGCAGUUUUAAAACCCAGAAGCCUUCUAAGUUCUUUCACCGUUCAUCGCAUUACCAUAUGUCAAGAGAAGACAAGUCUCCCAAGGAGGGCAAGAGGGGCAAGCAGAAGAAAAAGGAGAGGUGCUUGGAAGAUGAUGACAAUGAUAACUUAUUUCUCAUUAAGCAGAGGAAAAAAAAGUCUUAAGCUCUCAGGCAGCCUCUGAUGUGGCUUUUCAUUGUUCAUUUGGCCUUUGUGUCUAUAACCUUCUGGCAUUGUGUUUAUUAUCUAUGAUUAAAUAAAGUGAGUUUUUGGUUUUGUUUUUUUAAUUUCAGCCAUUCCUAGAGUUACUGAACAUCCAUGGAGAUCUCAAUUCUCUGUGUCCAACAGGAUAUUAGGUAGGAAAGUACAAAGAUAAACCUGGACUUAUCCUAUUCCAAUAUGUCAUCUUUACUCAGAAUCCUAGGGAUAGGUAGAAGAAUUCAUCUGUUCAAGAAAGCUUUUUAAAAAUACUUUGGAAAAAAAAAACCGCAUCAAAGGUAAUUCAUCCUCAACAUGAGUAUGAAAUUAAAUCCUUGCAGGAAGAGAAAUUAACACUAAGAAAAAGUCAUCAACAUUUUUCAACUUUUUUUUUUUUUUUACAUUGACAAGGACAAUAACUAUAAAUCUAUAUCCAGAUUUUCUUGCCGCUGAAGCUGUUGUCAGAAUCUUCCUUUGGACAAAACAUCACUAGCUGACUAUAAAAACAAAAGUGUCAUCAUUGAAGCCCUGAAGAGGCGGGGAAUUGAGCUUCAGCAAAAUACAGGUAAAGAAUCUAUCCAACAUAAAUGUCAGAAGACAAAUUUCCUAAACAAGUGAAAGAGACAUCAAAAAUUUUAAAAUAAUCACAAUGAAAUCAUUUUUUACCACUUUUACAGCAGUGUUUCAAGCGUACUGUCACUCAGAUCUGUAGAGAUGAAUAUUACUCAAAAAAUUGUUUUGUUCUCUUGCAUUUUUUUGAACUACCACAAAGCUAUACAGAUUUUUUUGUACUUGUGGAUCUUUUGUACUUCUCAUAGCCUAAUGUCAGAAUAAGAAAAAUAAAAUAUCUGAAAGAGAGUAAA